AUGGCAACCCCUAAAAGCCAAAUUCCUCUCCGAAUUAAAGGUCAAACGACAUGUAUUAACCACAAAGGGAGACAGCUAGAAUUUUAUUGUGAAAAAUGUCAGGAACUUGUUUGUCCAAAAUGCCUUUCUUCUAUACACAAAACCCAUCCAGUUAGUGAGCUAAGUGAAAUCACUCCUCAGAAAGAACCAGACAUUAAAAACUUUAUAGACAGAACAGAAAAAAAUGACCUUGUACAAAUUGGAAAAUACAUCACCACUACCGAUAUCCUGCUUAAAGACAACACCAGUACUUUUGAGAAGCUGUCACAAAAGUUAAAAAUGCAAACGGAUAAAUUAAAACAAGAGCUGGACAUGCUAACAGCACAGACACUGUCUCUUUUUCACAAAAUGGAAGAGGAUAAUACCAAGCUAAUACAAAAAUACAAACAGGACCUGGAGAUGUACGAGAAGCACCUCAAACAACAGAUUCAAGAAUGUAAAGCAGCUCUCCAGCGUGGUUCACACUUACAGAUUUAUGAUGCAUAUUGUGAGAUCCAUUCUCCUACAUACAGUCUCCCUGUGGAACCUGUCCUGGGUACUGCCAACUUCACUCCAAACGAAAGUCCUCAAGAUAACUUGAAAAAAGCCUUGGGAAAAGUUAUCACCUCAGGUCAAGGUCAAACUUUAUCUGACCAGGAUCGGUCAGUCUCAACAUCUGAUGAUCUGGAACAACCCUCUACACAACAACGGUCAGGAGCAAAAGUGAAGAAGGCAGUGACAACAUACAAACUACUGCCACAGACCAAGGUGAUGAAGAGGUGGAAGUCUCUAUUCGGCAUUAGUUCAAUAUGUCCCACCACUGAUGGUCAGGUGUGGACCCAGUACUAUAACACAUUAAAUCUCCUGGACAGUACGGGUAAAGUAAUACAGGAGGUCAAACACAAUGUCGGGAUCAAUGACAUCAGUCUGUCGCCCACCACACACACACUGUGGGUCUGUGACAGAGACAACAACAUCACGGAGCUGGUAUCAGGGCGACUGCUACACAGAUUCAGUACCAUGAAGGAUCCCUGGGGUAUAUGUAUUACAGCCAGUAACCAUGUCAUUGUAGGGAUGACCAAACACAUCUCAAAAUUUACCACAGAUGGACUAUAA